AUGCUUCAUCUCUGCAAGCUCACUGACUCAUUGUUCAUCAGCAACUCGCGGUCUGCCUGUGAUGACAACCUCCUCUUGGGAGAAGGUGUGACGUUUUGCAUCAACGUGUCGAAGCAGCAGCCCUUCCCGGGGCUGAGGGUGGGCACCCUGCGUGUGCCCGUGUUCGACGACCCGGCCGAGAACCUCUACAAGUACUUCGACAGGUGUGCCGAUGCGAUCGAAGACGCUGGCAGGGCCGGCGGCAGGACCCUGGUGUACUGCAAGAACGGGCGCAGCCGCUCGGCGUCCAUCUGCAUUGCCUACCUCAUGAAGUGCAGGCACCUCUCACUCCGAGAAGCAUUUGAGCAUUUGAAAUCAGUAAGGCCAUCUGUGGAGCCCAACGAAGGUUUCUGGGCCCAACUUCAAAGGUACGAAAGCGAGCUUCAGUCCAGGCAGAGUGGGACUAUUUCUUCAGUUAUUGGAUGAAUACUUCAAGAAGGACUCCUGCCCCUGAAUUGAGAAAGUUAUUUUGAGAUCUGCUUUACUGAUAUUGCAAGUGUAAGUUCCCAAUACUGCAAAGUUGUCAAUUAUGCAGCCUUACUUUGUUCAC